CCCUCCCCAGAGAAGAGUGUCUCGCUCCUCGCGGGGCUCCCGGCCCCCGCUCCUUCCCUGCCCACCUACUGUGAGAGGCAGCUCCUCCCACCUGCCCAUAAAAGCCAAGUGCAUGUUACCGGCAGCGGGAGCCGAGCACUUCCCCGGCCCUCUCCUGCGGGAGCCCCGAGCCUCUCCUGGACCUUACGUGCUCAAGAAGCUGUUCUGAAAGUGAAACAGCCACUGCUGAAGAGACAGAAAUCAACCCCAGUCGUGUCACACGAAAGAACAAGUAAGGACACAGGUCGUGGAUUCCGCAGGCCAGCCAAGCCUGAAGGUGAUGGCUGCGCCGUCUGCCCCUCCACAGCUGCUGGGAGUGCUGCUUACCCUUUCUCUGGGCUCCGUCCGGCUCAUCCAGGCUGGUGCCUACUAUGGAAUCAAGCCACUGCCGCCUCAAAUUCCUCCUCAGAUCCCACCACAAAUUCCGCAAUACCAGCCCUUGGGCCAGCAAGUACCUCACAUGCCUUUGGGCAAAGAUGGCCUUACCUUGGGUAAGGAGCUGCCCCACAUGCAUUAUGGCAAAGAGUAUCCACACUUACCCCAAUACAUGAAGGAGAUUCAGCCGGUCCCAAGAGUGAGCAAGGAAGCAGCACCCAAGAAAGGCAAAGUAGAAAUACCAUUAGCCAGUUUACGAGGGGAGCAAGGUCCCCGUGGAGAACCUGGCCCCAGAGGACCACCGGGGCCCCCCGGUUUACCAGGUCAUGGGAUACCUGGGACCAAAGGAAAACCAGGGCCACAAGGAUAUCCAGGAAUUGGAAAGCCAGGUAUGCCUGGAAUGCCAGGAAAGCCAGGAGCCAUGGGAAUGCCUGGGGCAAAAGGUGAAAUUGGACCCAAAGGAGAGAUUGGGCUUAUGGGGAUCCCAGGACCCCAAGGGCCUCCAGGACCUCAUGGACUUCCUGGCAUUGGGAAGCCAGGUGGGCCAGGGUUACCGGGACAACCGGGUGCAAAGGGUGAGCGAGGACCCAAAGGACUACCAGGACCUCCAGGCCUUCAGGGUCCUAAAGGAGAGAAGGGCUUCGGGAUGCCAGGUUUGCCAGGCCUGAAGGGUCCUCCAGGGAUGCAUGGCCCUCCUGGACCUGUUGGACUUCCAGGAGUAGGCAAACCAGGAGUGACAGGCUUCCCUGGGCCCCAGGGUCCCCUGGGAAAGCCAGGUCCUCCAGGCGAACGAGGGCCACAAGGCCCUAUUGGGAUCCCAGGGGUUCAAGGGCCUCCUGGGAUGCCUGGAGUUGGGAAACCAGGCCAGGAUGGGAUCCCUGGCCAGCCAGGAUUUCCAGGUGGUAAAGGGGAGCAAGGACUUCCAGGGCUGCCAGGACCCCCCGGCCUUCCAGGGGUCGGGAAACCAGGCUUCCCUGGACCAAAAGGUGAAAGGGGCAUAGGGGGUCUUCCUGGAGCUCUGGGACCAAGAGGGGAGAAAGGACCAGUAGGUGCUCCUGGAAUGGGGGGUCCCCCAGGAGAGUCAGGCCUGCCUGGAAUCCCAGGUCCUAUGGGUCCUCCAGGUGCUAUUGGUUUUCCCGGACCCAAAGGAGAAGGUGGAGUUGUGGGGCCACAGGGACCACCAGGUCCCAAGGGUGAGCCAGGGCUUCAAGGUUUCCCAGGAAAGCCAGGCUUCCUUGGGGAAGUGGGGCCCCCUGGCAUGAGGGGUUUGCCAGGUCCUAUAGGGCCAAAGGGGGAAGCUGGGCUCAAAGGUUUGCCAGGGCUCCCAGGUGUGCCAGGGCUGCUUGGACCAAAGGGAGAACCAGGAAUCCCAGGAGGUCAGGGCUUGCAGGGCCCCCCAGGCAUCCCAGGGAUUGCAGGCCCUAGUGGCCCUAUUGGACCACCUGGCAUCCCAGGUCCCAAAGGGGAACCAGGCCUCCCAGGGCCCCCUGGGUUCCCUGGAGUAGGGAAGCCGGGAGUGGCAGGACUUCAUGGCCCCCCAGGAAAGCCCGGUGCCCUGGGUCCUCAAGGUCAGCCUGGCCUUCCUGGGCCCCCAGGCCCUCCAGGGCCCCCAGGGCCCCCAGCCGUGAUGCCCCCUACACCACCACCCCAUGGAGAGUAUCUGCCGGAUAUGGGGCUGGGAAUUGAAGGGGUGAAACCCCCCCAUGCCUAUGGAGCUAAGAAAGGCAAGAACGGAGGGCCCACCUACGAGAUGCCUGCAUUUACCGCGGAGCUGACUGCGCCUUUCCCACCCGUGGGGGCCCCCGUGAAGUUCGACAAACUGCUCUAUAACGGCAGACAGAACUACAACCCGCAGACGGGCGUCUUCACCUGCGAGGUCCCCGGGGUCUACUACUUCGCAUAUCAUGUUCACUGCAAGGGCGGCAACGUGUGGGUUGCUCUGUUCAAGAACAACGAGCCCAUGAUGUACACGUACGACGAGUACAAAAAGGGCUUUCUGGACCAGGCGUCUGGCAGCGCCGUGCUUCUGCUCAGGCCCGGAGACCGCGUGUUCCUCCAGAUGCCCUCUGAACAGGCGGCGGGACUGUACGCCGGCCAGUACGUCCAUUCCUCCUUUUCAGGAUAUUUAUUGUAUCCCAUGUAAAAAAGAAACGAAAGAGAUAUUUAACAGAAGAAAAGAAAAUGACAUGCCAAAAAAAUUCCAAAUGAAACAUAAUUGCUUCAAAACAUUUAUAUAGUUGGAAAGUUAUAUUUAAGUGAAAAUUUGAACCAUCAUGUACAAAUAAAGACUAAGAUGCAUGUUUAAUGCUCUGCACAGCAGCUUGUAACUGAAAAUGAUGGGAUAGAUUUAUGUAUCUAAUACUGACACUUGUGUGGUACCCACUGGAAUCAUUUUAGCUGAUGUAUGUUACAUGCUUCCAUGAUGACCUACUUAUUCAGAUCAGGAAAAAUAUGUCAGUACGAAAGAUCAUAGCUAGUGAAAGUCACUCAUUCACAUUGAUUACGCUAAAAGAUUUAUAAAUGUGGCUUAAAGAAAUGUCAGUUAUAACAAUUUCAUACCGUAUUUACUUGCAUAGUUUCCUCUGUGUUUGUGCAGAUAUUUUGUCAUGCACAUGGGGGAGGAGUUCUGCAGUGUUACUGCCCCGGCAGGAGGGAGCCAGGAACCCUAUCGUAGCGGAGGCUGUGUCUUUUAACAAGAGUCCUACUCAGAAUUGUGGGUCUUGUGUCUCUAGAAGAACCGGUGAACCAGUCAACUGUUGUGUAUUUACUGUUCAGUGCUUCUCUCUGCCUAGCACUGGAUGAGGCACUUUUUUGUGGGGCUCAGACAGUACCCACAAAGAGCUAAGAAACUACCUGGAAGACAUGAGCAGAAAUUAGUUCACUUAUUCCUCAAGGGUUCUUUUGGUUUUUUGGGGGAGAAUUUUUUUCCUCCCUCCUUGUAAUUUCUGCUAUGACCCAACUAAUAUAAACACCUGGAAGUCAUAAGAAAAAGGUAGUAACCCUCUCACCCAUAAGUUUCCUGGUUUGUGGAAUGUUCACUAGCAAUAGCAGUUAGUAAUUAUAUUUGCACGCAUAUAAAAAUCCUCCUUUUUUGCCUAAACAAAUGAUUACAAUGAGGUUUCACCCAUGAAGAAGAUACUAAUUUUUUAAAUAGCUGUUGAAUUUUGAAGAAAUGUCCCUGUGUAGUACAAGUGCAAAUUGUUGUGUCAUCUGAUGUUCCAAAGUCAAUUUCCAAAACCCAAGCCAUCCUUUAUUGGGGGGAGGGGGCAAGGGGAGAGUUUCAGAAUUACAUAGGAAAAUAAAAUUUUUGAAAAAGCAAUUUCUGAAGUUUUAAAGUUUAAAACAGUGGCACUACUAGUAGUAGAAGCACUACUUCCUGGUAUAGAUAUUAAAAUUGUAGGGAAAGAACUUUCUUCAGAAGCAGCCUGUGGAAGAGCUAAUGUCAAAGGGCAAUGACAGCCCGUGCUUUUUAUGUCACCUCAUACUCAGCACAAGUCAAAAGUCAAUACAAGUUUAGGGGAAAAAUAAACAUAUUUCCAGAUUUUCACUUAAGUACAUACUAACUGCUUUGGGGCAUUCAAAUCUGGUCUCAAAAUACAGACAAAGCAUUUCAAGUCAGCUGUGAGUCCGCUGCUGACAAUAUAAGCCCCUGGGGGAAAUAAUGUGGGUUAUGGCUGUAGACUCUUGUAUCUUUUCCUCAAAAUUAAGAGACGCUGAAGAAAUACAUACACAGGGGAAAAUACACAAAUAAAUACGGUAUAAACACACGUGGAAAUGUAUCUAAGUGAAAUCUGAGUCAUUUCAGCCAUCAAGAAAAUUCUCAACCUAAUAUCUCUUUUCCCGUAUAUGGUUUACAAGUACUGUAUUUCUUCUCAAUUUCUUAAAAAGAGAAAUGAGUUCAUUCUUACAGGGUUUCUUAUUCACUGCUAAUUACAUAACAAACUUUUCCCGUGAAAAAGAUGUCCUACCUUUCAUUUUCAAAGCAGAUAGCAUUUAUGUGGCCAAAUAUCCAACAGGUUGGCCUUAAAGAUGCUGGUGGAGGGCUGAUGGCCAUGGGGACAACAGGAAUCCACUGGGCUCCUGCUGCUGCAUAGUUGCAUUGACAUGGCUUGGAAGCAAGUCAGAUCAGCUCAUUUGUAAAACUGUAUUUAUCUGUACAUGUAUGGGCUCCUUAUUUCCACCAAGUAAGAGAGAAAGUACCUCUUUAGUUAAAAUUUCACUUUUCAAAAUACCUUCCAACUUAUUUAUUGGUUGUUACUCAAUUUCAUAUAUAUAUAUAUAUAUAUAUACAUACAGAUAUAUAUGUGUGUGUGUGUGUGUGUGUGUGCGCGCGCAUGUAUGUGUGUGUAUUAUCAGGCAUAUGCUUCUAACUUUCAGAUAGGGGAGGAGCAAAAUCUAUGCCAUAAACUGUGUAUUCUACAAUGGUGCUAAUCUCAGAGCAAUAUAAAUUACUCCAUUUAAUUUAAAAAAGAGUUUUAAAUAAUUAUCUAUGUGUCUGUGUGUUCCCUUUUGAGUGUUGCACAUCAUGCUAACACACUAGUUGUAAAAGCAAAUGAAACAACCCCAUGUUUUGAAAUUCUAGAUAUCCCUAUUUAAUUCAAAAUUAUCUAGAACUAUUCCACGUGAAAUGGACUAAACUGGCAUUAUUGACAUUUAAAUACAGAGUUCUAAUGCAGUACAACAUCCCACAGGGGAAAAGAGCAUCUGUAGUGGGUGACUGCUCUCAAAUAUUUUACAGAAGACCAUGAACGGUGAACAGACUGGUAACCUUUUUGAGUUUCCAUGAUAGAUUUGAGAAUUGUCAAUAGCAAAUCAUUUUUGUAUUUAAAUUUUUGUACCUAUUUGAAAAAAAGUCUUAUUAAAUAUCUUUAAAAGUAUGUUUCUCAUCUUCUUCAUAUCACUCAGCUGACACUGAGCCUCAUAACUUUUUUUAUCCCCCAACAUACAAAUGAGCUGCUGAAACAGAGACCUAAAACAAACACAGCUUAAUCAAGGUAAUGAUUUCUCUUUGACAUAACAGCUCUGCAUAUAAGCAGUCUAAGGCUCAUAUAGUAGCUCCAGUCAGGGCCUCAGAUUCCUUCUGUCUUGUUCCUCUUCCACCCUAAAAAAGGUGUUUCCCUCAUCUCCAAGGUCCAGGACAGCUAACCACCACAGUCACAUUCCAGCCAGCAGGGAGGUGAAAAUAUCAGGAAGGGAAGGGCACGAUCCCUUCUUCAGAGAGAUUCAACCCUGCAGUCAUUUAGAUCCCCACCUCCCACAUUCCAUAGGGCUGAAUUUAGUCACUCUGCCACAGCAAGUUGCAAGAGAGUAUGGAAAAUUGAGUAUUUAUUCAGGGUAACCACAUGCCCAGCUAAAAAUCACAGGUGCUCUUAACAUGGAAGAAGGGGAUAUUAGGGGACAAUUCAUUGGGUCUGUCGCAUCCAUCUUCAAAGAAAAAAAACUGCCACAGAUCUCUCUUCUCCCACAAGAAAGCAUCUUCAAAUAUCCUAUUCUACUUCACUCUGCCACAAUGACACCAAAUAGUUUGAGGGCAGAUAGUGGUGAGUAGAGCUACAGAGCAGCAGCAGACCUGUUUCAAGAAUCUAAGGGUAGAUUCUGGUAAGGAAAGAAUUCCUUUGUGAAGACUUAUCAAGCUCAGAAUGAUCAUGUCUAGAAUAUUAUAAAGGGAUUGUUCAAAUCAUUCAAUGAACAAGUAUGUAGCACCAGUCUGUGGCUGACUCACUUGCUUAAACCACCAGUCUGAAGCUCAAGACCACAGCUUCCAUUCCCAUAUAGUGCAAUUUGUUCUAUUUCAUUCCGUGGUCAAAGACUCUUCCACAACACAAACAAGUCAUCUUGUAUGCACACUUUUGGUCACAAAGGAAAUGGAAAAAUGGAUACAGGAGACAUUGGUAAGGAGAAGUGAAUGGUUGGAAUCCAGAAUACUGGACAAGCAGGGAAAAUCCAUCAUUACAAUGAGUCUACAACAUACCUUUACAUUAAACAAAACCCAGACUAGCCCUACUUUGCAUGUGCUGCUACUAGGCAAUGUAAAGGAUACAAAAGCAACUGAAAACAUGACCCUUCACCUAAAAAAAAAGCAUCUUCUGCUUGGAGGAUAUCAAGAUGUUUGUUAAACAAGAAAUUGAUUUCCAGGUCAUACACAAGUAAGUGCAGGGUGGUAUGGUGCUGACUGAAGGCUGACUAGACUAAGUGCACACUAGCGAAUUUCAGAAAGAGAAAGUCCAUUCCAUGCUGCUCCCUUCCUGGAAAUGCUCCAAUUUGUCUGUGCAUAGUUCCUCCUCACCCCUCAGAACACAGGUCAAGCAUCACCUCCCUUCCCAACUGCUCAGAUUUAGUCCCUUUCUCCCACCAUUUGAUCACCCUGCCAAUACAGUGUCUGUCUGUCCCUUCACCUUUCCUGCUCUGUAACUGAGUCGCUUCUGUCUCCCCUCUUCAAGACAGUGUAAGCUUCCUGAGAGCAGGCACGUCGUUUCAUCUCUGCAUUCCCUGUCCAUCACAGAGUGCUGGGCUACUACCAGGCUGGAGGGAAGAGUGAAUCUCUCAAGGCUGCAGCGCUAAACUCAACACGGGGUAGUAACUGAAUCUGGCUCUGGGAUUCCAAGAUUCUACAGAAGAUUAUAUAUAUUUUGACAUUAUUUAGAGGCUCUCUGUGAGAUGAAACCUAACCUCAGUUUUUUG